GGCUAGUGUCAUCCCCGUUGUGGACAUACGUCCUACCAACCCGCAUGCAGCAAGUCAGCUACUAGAAGCUGCAAGAGGCGCCGGCUUCGUGUACAUCCAGAACAACGAAAGCGGCAUAGAUGUUGAUGACAUUGACUAUAUGUUUGGAUUGUCCAAAUGGUUCUUUGGAAUGUCCUUGCAGGACAAGACAGAAGUCUCCAUCUCGUCUAACAAGGCUGGUAAGAAUCAUGGCUGGUUGAGCAGAGGGGUGGAGAAACUCGAUCCCACGACACAGCAACGACCGGAUGUCAAAGAGUGAGCCACAGAGGCACGCAAUUCUACAGUCGCGGCAUUUAACCUAUCCAGAGCCUUCAAUAUUGGGGAGCCUAUCAAUGGCAAGCUACAACAACCCAUGCCUAGCACUUUCGAGUCGGAGAUUGAUACCUUCAUCGACUUCCAGCAGCAGUGCCAUUCCCUGUGCUGCCGAAUAUUGGAACUUUUUGCCGUUGCAUUGGAUAUCGAUCGUGACUGGUUCGUAUCUCGUCACGACAGCAAGGCUGGACCUUCCGGCACCAUCUUCCGCAUGCUCUAUUACCCGCAGAUUGACUCUACGUACCAAGACGGUAUCGACAUCCGUGCUGGAGCACACAGCGAUUAUGGCAGCAUCACUUUACUGUUUCAGCAACGUGGACAGCCUGGGCUUGAGAUCCUCACCCCGGGUGGACAGUGGACGUCCGUACCAGUCGACCCGCAUGACGGUGCCUCUAUGGCAACCAUAAAUUCUGACGACGCUCGAUCGUUGCCGAUACUCGUUAAUAUUGGUGAUCUACUUCAGGACUGGACCAGCGGUCUUUUGAAGUCGACCAAACACCGAGUCGUCUUUCCUGCUGGCGAGAGCAGCGAUCGAUAUAGUCUGGUAAGCUGAGCGAUUUGCAAUUCCCUCCGCGUUGUCCGAGCCACAAUCGACCUCCUAAUAAUCAGUGUCAGGCAUACUUCUGUCAUCCGAAUGACGACGCUUUACUGGAAGCCGU